UUUAGGAGUUCACUCUGAAGCGUGUUGGUCACUGGAGUGUUGAGUAUCUCUUCACUGCUGCAGACUGUACUGAUCUGUACUGUGGUGUACUAUGCCCGUGUGAUUGUUACGAUGAGGAGGGGAAGCUAUGAUGAUGUUACUGCACCGAUACGACCUCAUAUGCGCUCUCUGGCCCAGCGGAGACGGUCAGCCCCGACACUGGUGUUUGGGAAAGCCCUGGGAAUGUCCUGGUCUCCCAUAAGGGAGGAGUCUCCAUACCCCAUGACUGUGGAGCAGAGCCCCUUUGUGCUCGGUUUGUCCACAGAGGACUCUGAGUUGCUUCUGGAUGACACUGUCCAGCUGACUGAAGGACUGAAGACCAGAGAGAGACACCUGUUUCUUCUAACUGAUGUGCUGGUCAUUGCUAAGCUAAAGUCCUGUGCUAGUUACAGGCUAAAGCACAGAGUUGACCUGAAGGACCUCUGGGUGUGUGCAUUAAAAAGUGAAGAUGACGAAGUAGAAGAUGAGGAUGGAGAAAUUGAUGUUAAGACAACCAUCCUUCUUGUCUGGUCUGUCUCUCUCUGUCUGGUGUCUUUCAGUUCCCCUGAGGUUAAAGAACGCUGGUUGGAUACUCUUCACAGGAAAGCCAGAGAGGCGAGACAGAAGGCAGGUUGCUGUUCUCCACCCCACAGUGUCCUGAUGAAGGUCCUGAGCAGCACCAUCACUAAUAAAACUCUAACUGGAGGUGGAAUGGACUCUGUGAUUGAGUUGUCUCUUCAAGGCAACGGAAUCUCCGCCCUGCAGAAGGAGCUGUGCAAACAGGAGCCCCAACCUGAGCAGAGCAUGGUAGAUCAUGAAGGCAGCACCGGGUCUAAGAAGAGUAUAUUCCCCUUCAGACUGAAGCGAAGCUCCACGGUCAGCGGCCUGCCCACACGCUCAGAGAAGAGGAAGAGCCUGCUGUUCGGCCAACCGCUGUCCAGAGACGCCCCACUGCCCAAACCCAUCACUGAUGUCCUUGUGCUGUUGUGUAGGAAGGGUCCGAGCACUGAGGGUGUUUUCAGAACGACCUGUAACAGUAGGAACCUUAAUGCAGUCCGUGAACAGCUGGACUCUGGGACUGAAGUGGACAUGGAGGCCCUGCCUGUGACUCUACUGGUUGGGCUGUUGAAGACAUUCCUGAAGGAGCUUCCAGGCAGCCUGCUGGUGGCUGACCACUAUGACAAGUGGGUGGAGGCUCUAGAGAAGGAGGAGAUGGAGGAGAAGUGUCAUGAGAUGAGAAAAAUGGUGGAAAAGCUCCCUGAAGCCAAUGGCCUCCUUCUGCAGUAUGUGCUGUGUCUGCUCCACCACAUCGCCCAGCGAUCAAAGAGCAACAAAAUGGAUACCAAGAACCUAGCAGUGUGUAUCGCCCCAACCCUCCUACAGGACAGCAGCCAGAUGAUGGAAGUCAACAAGGUCGAAAAGGUGACCAACUUAACCCAGUUCCUGAUCGAAAACUGCUGUAAAAUCCUUGGAGAAAAGAUUCUGAGUCUACUUAGGGACCCAGAAGAAGAGGAGCUGGGAGAUAACUCAGACUCCAUGUCUUCACAUCAACACGACUCAGCCUAUGACAGCACGGACCCUGAUGGAGACGGAGACAGCGCAGAGGCACUGGGGCCACAGGAGGAUGAAAAGGGGGCUCUGGGAAACUGCCAGAUCAGAAUUGAAUGUACACAUGUUGCCUCCUGCUCCUCAGAUGCCAUAUUCGAGACUUUCACCAAACCUUUCAACCGCCGCUGCUCCGAGCCCUCCAUUUUAUCCUCAGCAGCUAUUAAGAAUCUCCGGGGCCUGGCACGGAGCCAAGACGACUGUUCCUGCCCUAGGGAGGAGUACACGGACCAGCCACUGAAGAAGCAGGUCUCAGACGACUCCUUCCUGCAUCCACAGUGCUGUUACAGGUCACUGACGAGGAAGCUGGCUGGGAGCCUGAACAUGGACGCUGCCGUUAGCGUUUCUGCGCCAAUUUCCAAGGCUUGCUCUUGCUCUUCGUCCUUCUCUCUAGAAAGCGCUGCCUCGAACGUGUCUGAAACCUCCGUGUUCAUGGUGGCCACCUCCCCUCUGCCUUCCCCAGCUAGUCCGAGAAAGAGCCAAACCACAUCCAAGCCGAGAGCAGAGGCAGUUAAAGCAGAUUUAGAUGUAAGGCGCCAUUCGUCUCCCUUCAAAAGAGCUAAGAGCUUGGGAAACUUCUCCACCACUAGGGGGAGCACUAAGAAAGUCGAUUGCCAGAAAGACACAGCUUUUUCGUGCGAGACGCUUCAGGAGGACUCCCAGAAUGAAACAGAGGCUCCGGAUGAACCCAUGAGGCGCCAGCGGCCGCUCUCUGCCAUCGAGGUCUUCCAGCACGUGGACAGUAGAACUCCCAGCGGCCUGCCAACCUACGAGCAGGCCGUACUCUCUGGGGCCCUGCCUGCUCCCCCUCAGUACCGAAAAAUGACAGUGUAUGAAGCCAUUGAGCAAGGCAGGAAGUCUCGUCCCAUGUCCAUGAACGAUUACAUCCUGGACUCCACCCCUGCUAGCCAAUUUAUGGACUCAAUUGCACACUCAAUAGACAAUAAUGUGGGUCAGCAGGGGUCGUUCAGGCAGAGAGCCAUGUCUGAGUCAGUAGCCCGAACGAAGUUUGAAAAAGUGAGCCGUAGAUGCAGCCAGCCUGUGUUUGAGGAGUUCUCUUACGCAAAGGAGUCUUAUGUGUAAAUAGUUAAAUUUUUGCUUAAGCGUUAUUGGAGCUGGAUUACUUUUCCCAGAGAACUGUUCAAAUCAAAUGUCAGUGUAAAUUUCCCAAAUUUCCAUAGUCUGUGUAAUCCUACGAGGAUCAUUCAUAAAACUGCACACAUCAGAUUCAUACUGGAUUAAAAUAUUUUCAAAAUUGCAGGGACAUUUCCCCAAACAGAGUUUAAGCCUAGUCUUGUACUACACAGCAUUUUAAAUUUUUCCAUUUCACUGAAAAAUAAUAUAGUCUACGAUUAGGCUUAAACCCUUUAUUGAAAACUGUGUAUACUUAAUGUCAGACUUAAACAAAGCAACAACCACUUAUAUAGUAAAUAUAUAGUAUAUAUGUAAAAUGUACAGUAUUUAUGUACAGUACAGUAUCACCCCACAGUAUUUAUUCUUGAGAGUAAACACACUAUGCAGAUUCAUACUGGAUUAAAUAAUAAAUGGAUACGCACUUGUAAACUAAUCCAGCUCCAAUAGGACUUUACAUGUUAUAUACACAUUAUGAGAUCUAUCACGGCACGUCUGUUGUAGUGCAGGGUUCUUCUAAUUUGUAACAGCUAUUUAAUAUGCUAAUUUUAAAAUAAUAGUUUCAGAAUAUUGCCAGCGUGAAGCUAUGUAAAUAGAUGUAUUAAAACUAUUUUUUUAUUCUUAGUUUUUGUAUCAUUCUUUUCAAGCACUUAUAUGGCACUUGUAUAUUAGAAAUGUUUCAUGUUACAUUCACUUUAUUUCACUACAAUAAACACUGUUGUCUUUA